GCCCAGCCGCAGGGAGAAGCCGUCCCGCAGCCCUUCGGCCGGUGAGUCCCGUCGUCCUGUCCCGUGCGGGUGUCCGCGAGCAUGCCGGGGCCCCGCGUGCUGGCCGCGCUGUGCGGCGCGCUGCUCUGCGCCUGCGGCCUCCUGGCCGACUCCGGGGACUUCUGUGACCCCAGUCUGUGCCUGCACGGCGGGACCUGCUUGACCGGCCACGAGGGCACCCCUUUCUUCUACUGCCUCUGUCCCGACGGCUUCACGGGCCUCACCUGCAAUGAGACGGAGACAGGUCCCUGCUCCCCGAACCCCUGUCACCACGACGCAGAGUGCCAGGUGGCCCGGGAUGAUCUCCGAGGGGACGUGUUCACCUCGUACGUGUGCCGGUGCCCGCGGGGCUACUCGGGCACCCACUGCGAGACCCCGGAGCCCUGGAACCGGCAAGGGGGCCACCUGGCCGCCCAGUCCCCCUCGACCUGCGCCACGCCGCUGGGCAUGGAGGGGGGCUCCAUCGGCGACGCGCAGCUCUCCGCCUCUUCCGUGCACCUGGGCUUCCUGGGCCUGCAGCGCUGGGGCCCCGAGCUGGCCCGCCUGCGGCGCAGCGGCCUGGUCAACGCCUGGACCGCCAGCAACUACGACAAGAAACCCUGGAUCCAGGUGAAUCUGCUCCGGAAGAUGCGGGUGACCGGCGUGGUGACGCAGGGCGCCAGCCGCGCGGGGACUUCCGAGUAUCUGAAGGCCUUCAAGGUGGCCUACAGCCUGGACGGACGCAGGUUCCAGUUCAUCCAGAAUGAAGAGGGGACUGGAGACAAGGAGUUCGAGGGCAACAUGGACAAUGACAGCCUGAAGAUCAACAUGUUCAAGACCCCGCUGGAGACGCAGUUCGUGCGCCUCUUUCCCGUGGCCUGCCGCCGCGGCUGCACCCUCCGCUUCGAGCUCCUGGGCUGCGAGUUGAAUGCAGGGUGCUCGGGACCGCUGGGCCUGAAGGACGGCAGCAUCCCGGACAGGCAGCUCACGGCCUCCAGCAGCUACAAGACGCUGGGCCUGCGCGCCUUCGGCUGGUACCCCUUCUACGCGCGGCUGGACCGGCAGGGCAAGAUCAACGCCUGGACCGCCCAGGGCAACGGUGCCAACGAGUGGUUGCAGGUGGACCUGGGCUCCCAGAAGCAGGUGACGGGCAUCGUCACCCAGGGGGCCCGUGACUUCGGCCACAUCCAGUACGUGGCCGCCUACAAGGUGGCCUACAGUGAUGACGGCGAGGUCUGGACCGAGUACAGGGAGGCCGGGGCCACGGAGAGCAAGGUCUUCCCUGGCAACUUGGACAACUACUCCCACAAGAAGAACGUGUUGGAGACGCCCUUCACGGCCCGCUACGUGCGGGUCCUGCCCGUGGCCUGGCAUAACCGGAUCACCCUGCGCCUGGAGCUGCUGGGCUGCUAGCGGCCGCAGGAGGGGUGUGAAGCCAAACCUGACCUGUUUGUUGAGAUGGGGUCUUGCUGACUGUCCUCUCCCAGCCCUGCUGAGUUGUGUGGCCUGCUGCCUGCCCAGCCCUCCUGUAACUGCAGGGGCUGGGGUCUGGAGAGGGGGGGACCUUGCCUUCCCUCCCUCCCUUCCUCCCUCCUUCUCUCUCCUGCCCACCCUGACAAAUGCCUACACCAGCCCCCUGCCAUCCAUUUUCUCAGGAACCCGGGAGAAGGGCGGGCCUGGCACCGACAAGGAGGGGUGCCUGUCCCUCCCGCCCCGCCCCAGCUCCUGGCCUGGCUCUCGGGGGGCCUCGGGUCUCCCCGGCUUCUCUGCACACGAUGUCCCCGGUCCUGGGUGGCCGGCCUGGCUGCGUGGCCCUGCCCCGGGGCGGGCGGGGGUCUCUGGGGGCCAAGGCGAUGCCCCGGGACUGGCAGCCCAGCGCUGCUGGCUGCACACCGCAGGGCCCGUGGGCAUUUCUGGAAAUACAUUUCUACCCUCCUGA